GAAAUGAUAUCGCCGCCUGAACCGAUCGAAGCUCAAGAGAAAUUUUAUUACACAAUUAUUGCGCCGAAAAAAUUUCGUGGCAAUUCAAUAUACACAUUGAAUCUGACGAUUCACGAUGCCACGGAACAAAUUGAUGAACCAAUUGUGGUGCGAGUCUCGAUCGAAGAUGAGGAUACGGAUGAUGGAUUCGAAAUUCAUCAAGAUGUUACAAUGAAACCAAAUUGCACCGAAGUCGUUUCGAUUGCGGUGCCAGAAUUGUCGCUCGAGCCCAACUACAAACUCGUUGUCAAAGGCAUUUCGGGUGUCACAUUGGAAAAGGAAGUGAGCCUUGAUCUCCAAACGCAAACCCAUACAAUCCUUAUUCAAACGGAUAAAGCGAUGUACAAACCAAAUGAUUGCAUCAAAUAUCGAGUAUUGGUGCUAGACUUCGAACUGAAAGCAGCUCCAAUCGAUCGAAAUGAACUCAGCAUUUCAUUCACCGAUCCAUGUCGUAAUAUCAUGAAAAAAUUGAAUGGCGUCAACACUAUCAACGGUGUGUAUACGGGUGAAUUCCAAUUGUCGGACCUUCCAAAAUUGGGCGAAUGGAAAAUUUGUGCUGCCGUCGGCGAUCAGAUCAAAAUUGCCGUAAUCGAAGUAACCGAGUAUGUUUUACCAAAGUUCGAAGCCAUAAUUGAAUCAGCAGAUCAUUUCACUCUGGAUGAUGAGAAGAUUCGUACAGUUGUUCGAGCCAAAUACACGCAUGGCAAGCCGCUAAGAGGAUCAGUUACUGUUUCGGUGACGGAAGAGGAAACUUUUAGUUAUUAUUGUCGAAAAUAUUCUCAAAGUAACGAAGAAGAUGACGAUAUUGUCUUGGCGAAGAAAACAUUCAAUAUUGAUGGAAAAGAAACGGUUGAAUUUGACAUCGCAAAAGAGCUAAAAUGCGAACGAAAUAAAAAAAACCGAUGGGAAACGUUGAGAAAUUUCAAAAUCAAAGUUGAUGUCACUGAAGGUCUCACUGGAUUGGUACAACCUGUCGAUAAAGACAUCAAAGUUCACCUUGACUCAUACGAUAUAAGUACAGAUCUACAUGCAAAAGAUCCUGAACGUGACAGCACUCUCGACAUAACUAUUUCGGUACGAAAACAUGACGGUUCGGCGAUCACUUUCCUUGAUCCAAGCAAGAAGAAGAUAAAGGUGAACAGAGAACAAUAUUAUGCAGAUGUUGAUGGAAGCACUAAAACUGAAACCGAACAUGAGCUCGAUGACAGCGGCGAUGCCUUCUUCACUUUAGAUGUUGCGAAAAAUGAGUCUAGCUUCUCGUUGAAGGUGACUUAUGGUAGUCAAGAAACGGAUCUGGGAAUGUUCUACACCAAGCCCGUUACUGUUGCUGACAAAGUCAGCUUAAGGGCCAAAGUGUUGACGGAAAAAUGCUCCAUAAACAAAAAGAUCGAAGUUGAGGUCAUGUCUCACUUUCCAUACCGAUCAUACACGUACCUCAUCGCCUGUAGAGGCAAAAUUCUCGAAACAAAAACCGUUGAGCCUGUCUUCGAUGAUGCCGAAACCGCUGAAUACGUACAUCGAUUCUCGUUUUUGCCGACAUUCGAUUAUGCACCCAGGUCGCAUAUCAUUGUUUAUUGCGUGAGAGAUGGUUCGAUCGUUUCAACGAGCGUAAAUGCCGAAAUGUAUGAUGACUUCAAGAACUACAUCAAUUUAGAUGUCUCACCAAAUACGGCAAAACCUGGUCAAGUCGUCGACAUCAAUGUCAAGAGCAACCCCAAUUCAUAUAUCGGCUUACUUGGCAUCGACAAGAGUUGCCUGAUUCUGCGUAGCGGUAACGAUUUGGCUCAAGAUGAAAUUUGGAAUGAAUUGGAUCUAUUCCAUUCGGAAGUCAAGCGUAGAUGCUACGAUUAUGAGGAGAAGAGAAUGAGAAAAAUGCCACAUUAUACCAAUUUAUGGGAGGAAUUUGCAAAAGCUGAUCUGAUCACAUUCACAAACACCAUUGAACCGAUUCCAAUACGAUUUUGCUACAAGAUGAUGGCAUGCGCUGAAAUGUCGCGAUCAUCAUGCUUUUCGGAACCAGAAGCUGUUAUUCAACCAAAGAUUCGCAAAGAUUUCCCAGAAACUUGGAUUUGGGAAUCGGUGCAGGACAAAAGCUUCAAUGGAAUGUUGAACCUAAAGAAAAAAGUGCCGGAUUCGUUGACCACAUGGAUUUUGACUGGAUUUUCAAUUGAUCCAAUCAAUGGUUUGGCCAUAACCAAGACGCCAGCCAAGUUGUGCGUUCAACAGCCAUUUCACAUUUCGCUCAAUUUGCCUUAUUCCGUCAAGCGGGGCGAAGUUUUAACGAUCCCUUGCUCAAUUUUCAAUUAUCUACCUGAUCAAGUCGUGACCGAGGUCAUAUUCGAGAACGAACACGAUGAAUUCGAGUUUGUGGAUGCGGCUGUGGACGAUAAAAUCUACCCAGAGCUCACAAAGGAACGCACUCGCAAGAAGAAGCUCACCAUUCUCUCUGACGAUGCUGUGAACGCCUUGUUCACCAUUCGUCCAACCAAAGUUGGCUUGAUUUCGCUCAAAGUAUCGGCAAUAUCACAAACUGCAAGUGAUUGUAUCGUUAAAACUCUGAACGUCGAGUGUGAAGGUGUUCCUCAAUUCGUAAAUAACGCAGUAUUCGUGGAUUUGCGACAGAAACCCAAAAUUGACCCAAUCGAUGUGGCGAUCGAAAUCCCAAAGAUUGCUCUACCAGACUCGACACGCAUCGAAAUCAUUUGCAUAGGUGAUAUUCUCGGUGGGACUAUCAAGAAUUUGCAAUCACUCAUCCGCCUUCCAUACGGUUGCGGUGAACAAAAUAUGCUGAACUUUGUACCUUGUAUUGUCGUUUUGAACUAUUUGAAGAACACUCAUCAACUGACGGCAGAGAUCGAAGUAAAGGCAAAGAAGUACAUGGAAAUCGGAUACCAACGAGAGUUGAGCUACAAGCAUAAGGACGGAUCAUUCAGUGCCUUUGGAGACUCGGAUAAGAGCGGCAGUACCUGGCUCACAGCAUUCGUGGCUAGAUCAUUCCGACAAGCGGCCGAGCAUAUUACCAUUCAAGAUGACAUCAUCGACGAAGCACUGAAAUGGUUGAGUGAAGCACAAUCGUCCAAUGGCAGUUUCACUGAGAAGGGAAGCAUUUGCUAUAAAGAGAUGCAAGCCGGUGCUGCUGACGGUGUCGCUCUUACCGCUUAUGUUUUGACCGCAUUUUUGGUGAACAAGAAUUCAAGCGAUGCUUACAAAAAAACCAUUGAAAAAGCAAUCGAAAAUAUUGUCAAAUCGAUUGAGAAAUGCACUGAUGUAUACGCAUUAGCUGUGUCUGCAUAUGCCUUGCAGUUAGCUGGUCACAAUUCCAAAAAUGAUGCAGUGGCUCGACUCAAAGAACUGGCAAAAUCGAAAGACAACGUAAAAUGGUGGGACAAAUCGAUUGAAUUGAAGCAAUGGGACGGACGUGAUUCAAAGACUCUCAACGUUGAAGUUACUGCUUAUGCACUCUUAACGUUGAUGUUGAGUGAAUCAGAUGCAUCGUGUCUGCCGAUAUUGAAAUGGCUUCUGAGUCAACGUAACGACAAAGGCGGAUUUGAAGGUACCCAAGAUACGAUCGUUGGCAUUGAAGCAUUGGCUAAGUUUGCCGCGAAAAUUGCUACCAAAGAUACGGAUGCAAAAAUUGCAAUUGCCGCUUCGAAUAACGCCAAAUAUAACUUUGAUAUAAAUAAAGAGAAUGUAUUGGUUUUGCAAUCUCAAAAGUUGGAGCCAGAUGUAAAAUCAGUACGCAUAAAUGCGACUGGCAAAGGGUCGGCACUUUUGGAAGUGGGAUAUCGUUACAAUGUGAAUGCACCGGAGGCAGUAAAAGCCUUUUCACUGACACCAAAUGUUCAACUGUUGAAUAAGGAGCAUCUACGCCUUGAGCUAACGACAAGCUUCCAACCACCCAAAGGAAGAGACAACGUCAAGCAAUCGAAUAUGGUUGUUCUGGAAGCGGCGUUGCCUAGUGGUUUCGUUGUCAAUCCAGAUUUAUUAGAUGGCCUCAAAACCACACUACCCAUCAUCAAACGCAUCGAAACAAAGAAUGGAGACACUGUGGCAGUGCUUUACUUCGAUCAUCUCACUUCAGAAGCAGUUUCAUUGAAGAUUGACGGAUUUCGAGAGCAUAUUGUCGACGAACAAAAACCAGCCUCAGUCGUAAUUUAUGAUUACUAUGACAAUGCACUAAGUGCCCGAGAAUUCUAUUCUCUGCCAGUUGAAACGAAGAUGGAGGUUGAUGCACCAAAUAAAGCCUAGUUAAUCAC